AUGUGUCAAUGUUGUUUCUACAUUUCAACAGAGAAUUGGAAGAAGCGAGGGAGACAAUUAGGCGUUGCAGUGAUUGCAAGACCACCAAGACACCAAUGUGGAGAGGUGGACCAUCUGGUCCCAAGUCACUUUGCAAUGCAUGUGGGAUCAGAUUCAGGAAACAGAGACGAUCCGAGUUAUUGGGUAUUCGUAUUAUUCACAACCACAAAGCCUUCAAGAAGAUAAACCCAUCAUCAUCAUCAUCGUCAUUAUCAACAAAAGCAUUAUUAUCACCAGCAUCACUACCAUCAUCACAUGGUGGCGUGGCUUUGAAGAAACGACGAUAUCUAAAGGAGGAAGAACAAGCUGCUCUUUGUUUACUAUUAUUGUCUUGUAGCUCUGUUUUCGCCUGAGAGAAAAACAGAGUAUCUCGCCGAAAAGACAGUUUUGUCCUUUGUUUUUCAUGCCGCUCUUUGGGCCACUCUAUUUGUAUAA